AUCUUUUUUAUUUCUUCUUCUUAAAUCUCUUUGAAUGGUCUAAAUCUUUUUUUUUUCCCUUUGUGGUAAAAGGGGUUGUUGAUUUAACCCUUUUGGAGAGCUUGGGCGUGAAGUGAAAGAAGUUUUGAUUGUGUGUUUAUGAUGUGUGUUAUCAUUGUAAAAUGGUGCUUUUGACCACAAAAAGAGGGAUCAGAUAAAGCAAAGAAAAGAGAGAGAGAGAGAGAAAAAAAAGGGAAAAGGAACAGGUUUUGUGUGUGUGUGCACAAUAAAGAGAGUAUUAUUGUUGCUUGUGAUUGUCAAUGAAAAAAGAAAACUUGACGAAAAUUUCUGUUCAUCUCUCUUUUUAUUAUUUCUUUUCAUGUGCCACCCAGAGUGUAAUGUGUCAUUGCAGUGAUUUUUCUUGAGCUUUUCUUUUUCCUUUUUUUUUUUUGGGUUCUUCUGUUCUGGGGUUGGUCUGUUUUUUCAUUUUCUCUUUGUUUCUAAAGUGGGGUUUCAAACAUGCCGAUGUUUGAGCCCUCAAAGAGAGAUGGGUAUGUUCUAGAUCUGGACACUGCCGUUAAAGAUGGAGUCUUGGGUGGUGUUGGAGGUGUCGUUUGUGGUGGUGGUGGUGGUGGUGGUGUCGUUUGUGGUGGUGGUGUCGUUGGUGAGAAAUUGGAUCUGAAGAAGAUGAUUGAAGAGCUUGAUUUGUCCGAGGUUCCAUCUGUGUUCAUUUGCCCAAUCUCUCUUGAGCCAAUGCAAGACCCGGUGACCCUUUGCACUGGCCAAACCUACGAGAGGUCCAACAUCCUUAAAUGGUUCAACUUGGGUCACCUCACUUGCCCAACCACUAUGCAAGAGCUUUGGGAUGAUUCAGUCACACCAAAUCGGACCCUUUACCACCUAAUCUACACUUGGUUUUCCCAAAAGUAUUUGCUGAUGAAGAAGAGGUCUGAGGAUGUCCAAGGAAGGGCCUCCGAGCUUCUCGAGACUCUGAAGAAGGUUAAGGGCCAAGCAAGAGUGCAGGCUCUUAAGGAGCUCCAGCAAGUUGUGGCGGCUCAUGCCACUGCUAGGAAGACGGUGAUUGAUGAAGGCGGGGUUGCCGGGAUUUCGUCGCUGUUAGGCCCGUUUACCUCCCACGCAGUUGGGUCCGAAGCCAUUGGGAUUCUUGUGCACUUGAGGCUUGAUUCGGAGUCGAAGACGAACUUGAUGCAACCGGCGAAAAUGUCGUUGUUGGUGGACAUUUUGAAUGAAGGGUCUAUCGAGACGAAGAUCAGUUGUACAAAGUUGAUGGAGAUGCUGAUGGAAGAGAAGGAUUUUAGAUCCGAAAUCGUUUCGAGCCACAGCCUCUUGGUCGGAUUGAUGAGGCUGGGGAAAGAUAAGAGACAUGCGAAUGGAAUUUUGGCCGGUCUUAGCCUCCUGAGAACUAUAUGCUUGCAUAAGGAAGUAAGGGGUUUGCUUGUUAGAAUUGGGGCUGUUCCUCAAUUGGUGGAUUUGUUGCCUUCUCUAGACCCCAACUGCUUGGAAUUAGCCCUUUUCAUUUUGGACUCUUUGUCGACUCUACCGGAGGGAAGAUCAGCUUUGAAGGAUUGCUCAAACACUAUUCCGAAUGCCGUGAGGCUUCUGAUGAGAAUUUCAGAGAGCUGUACGCAAUAUGCGUUAUCGAUCCUAUGGUCUGUUUGCAAACUUGCUCCAGAGGAAUGCUCGUCGGCUGCUGUUGAUGCUGGUCUCGCGGCGAAGCUUCUCCUCGUUAUUCAAAGUGGUUGUAGUCCUUUAUUGAAGCAGCGAUCUUCGGAGUUGUUGAAGCUUUGCAGCCUAAAUUAUACAGAUACUUUGUUCAUUUCCAAGUGCAAGCUCACAAGGACAAUUCAGUGAUUAGAAAUAAGUUUUUAUUUGGUCUUCCACACCACCCCUCAAAUGUCUUGAGGCUAAGGAGAUGAUGACCCUCGAAAGGAAUCGAAAGAUUUCCAGAUGAGCCCAAUGUUAUAGAGGGUUAAAGGUACAAAACCGGCUCUUCUGUAUAUACUAAAAGUCUUUGCAUUCCAACAGUUGAUUCAACAUUCAUGAAGAAGAAUCAUAAUGUGGAUAUCACAUUCGUGUACGUUUUUUACUUGCUGCUGGUGCUCCUGCCAAUGUUUAUUUUUUGCCAAUAAAACCCAGCUAGAAAGAUGAACAAUUUUAACUGUUGUUGGAUAAAGAUACUUGCUAGGAGGGGCCAAAAAAAGAAGAGGGAAAACAAAACAAAAAAAAAGAACUUCGGAGCUUUGCAAUUGCAAUUGUAAUUGUUGAGGAAUUGCUUGCUCCAUUGUUGUUCUCUUGUAGUAACUCUUUAGCUUAAGUAGUCUUUAGGGGUCUGGAAAGCUCCAAUUUUCCUGUUGUUCUUAGUGGGGGGUUUACCAUUUGAUCCCACAGAAAAUUGUGAAGACUUGGAGAUGCUAUUGGGCUUUUAUCCUUCAAGAAUAUCCAUUCAAAUAUGUAAAAUGAAAUCAGUUUCAACCAUUUCAGUUGCCC